AUGGGCUGCAUCGGUAUUGUCAAUCUAACAAGCAUCAAUCCAUAUCGACCGAUGCUCGUAAGAACACCAAACAAGCCCUUCAACUCAAGAGGACUAGCCAUGUCUACGAUUCGAGCCGAGUCAAUCGCUACUGACAAAUUAGGGAUCUUUGUUGAGAAGAAUCCUCCCGAGUCUAAACUCACCCAACUCGGUGUUCGUAAUUGGCCCAAGUACGCACUUCUUCUUCACCUUACCUCUCAAUUCAAAACCAUAUUGUGUUCAUUUGGUACUCCUGAGUGGGGUUGUCCACCAAGCAAGUUUCCAUGGACGUAUAGUGCAAAGGAGACAUGUUAUUUGCUAGAAGGGAAAGUGAAAGUGUAUCCUGAUGGAUCCGAGGAAGGCAUAGAGAUCGAAGCAGGCGACUUUGUUGUUUUCCCUAAAGGAAUGAGUUGCACUUGGGAUGUCUCUGUUGCUGUUGAUAAACACUACCAAUUCGAAUGA